AUGGAGCUCAUCGAGCUGCGGGAGCUGCAGCCGGAGCCGCGGCCGGGCCGGGGCCGCCUGGAACGAGCCAACGCGCUGCGCAUCAGCCCGGCCCGCCGGCCCGGCCCCGGGGCGCAUCCCGACCCGCGGCUGACGGCGGCACCGGGCGCCGGGCACCGCUUCGAGCCGCGGCGCCGCGGGCUGCACACCUGGUGCGAUCUCUGCGGGGACUUCGUCUGGGGCGGCGGCAGGAAGAGCCUCCAGUGCCGCCACUGCAGCUUCACCUGCCACUAUCGCUGCCGGGCCCUAGUGCAGCUGGACUGCGGUGGCCCCCCAGGCGCUGGUGACGAGGACGAUGGCAAUGAGCAGGUGUUGGAGAAGGACACCAACGUGGAUGAGCCCAGCGAGUGGGAGAAGACAGAGCUGGACCAGGCGCAGGUGGAGCAGCGGAUCAAGGAGUACAACAGCCAAAUCAACAGCAACCUCUUCAUGAGCCUGAACAAGGACGGCUCCUACACCGGCUUCAUCAAGGUGCAGCUGAAGCUGGUUCGCCCUGUCUCGGUGCCGGCCACCAAGCGGGUCCCCUCCCUGCAGGCGGGGCGGCCACACCCCCAGGGGGUGAAGCGCCGCACGUCCUUCUACCUGCCCAAGGGAACCGUCAAGCACCUGCACAUCCUCUCGCACACCUGCGCCAGCGAGGUCAUCGAUGCGCUCCUCCGCAAGUUCACCGUCAUCGACAACCCCCGCAAGUUCGCCCUCUUCGAGAGGUCUGAGAAGGAUGAGCAAGUGUACCUGCGGAAGCUGGGUGACGACGAGCAGCCCCUGCGGCUGCGGCUGCUGGCCGGCCCCAGCGAGAAGGUGCUGAGCUUCAUCCUGAAGGAGAACGAGACCGGCGAGGUGAACUGGGACGCCUUCUCGCUGCCGGAGCUGCACAACUUCCUGCUGAUCCUGCAGCGGGAGGAGGAGGAGCACGUGCGGCGGCUGCGGCACCGCUACGCGCGCUGCCGCCAGAAGAUGCAGGAGGCGCUGGCCGCGCUGACGCCGGGGUGACCGCGGGGCGCGCAGCCGAGGCCAGCCAGAGCACCGGGACCCUCGCCCGCCGGCCCUGGGGGCAGCAGGGACGGGGGUGGAACGGGGCAUCACCGACCCACCGCGCUGUCACAGCCCCCACGGGGCUGGCCCAGAGAGUGAGGGUUCCUGGUGGGAGCGAGAGCGAGUGUCACCCGGAGCGUGUGUCCUGGGGGGAACGAGUGUACCCUGGGGGAUUGGGUGUCCCCAGGGGAAUGGGUGUCCCUGAGAGAGCGUGUGUUACCUGGGGGAUUGCGUGUCCCCAGGGGAGUGGGUGUCCCGAAGGGAGCGUGUGUCUUGCGGGAAGCAAGUGUCACCUGGGGGAUUAGGUGUCCCCAGGGGAGUGGGUGAUAUGGGGGGACCGAGUGUCCCCGGAGAAGUGAGUGUCCCUGGGAAGAAGCAGGGCAUCGAGCACCAAUAAAGGCAUCUU